AUGGGUGUGCCAAAACGCAAGACAUCAAGGUCGCGUCGUGACAAGCGGCGCAAUCAUCAACGCUUGCACGUGCCGAGCUUGAGCACCUGCCCUCAAUGCGGCGCGGCGCAGCUUCCCCAUCGCAUUUGCCCAAGUUGCGGGUUCUAUAAAGAACGCGAGAUCAUUGCCGCACAAUAG